CCCCAUGCCUUCAGUACCUCAAAACAAUCAUCAGAUAUCACCAUGGCCAAGCCCAUGAUCUUGCUAUCCAUUUAUCUGUUCCUUAUUGUGGCGCUCUUCAAUGGUUGCCUUGCUCAAAGUGGGGGGCGGCAACAACAACAAUUUGGCCAGUGCCAGCUCAAUAGGCUCGCUGCCCUUGAACCUACUAACCGCAUUGAGGCCGAAGCCGGUGUUAUCGAGUCCUGGGACCCGAACAACCAGCAGUUCCAGUGCGCUGGGGUUGCCGUCGUUCGUCGUACCAUUGAGCCCAAUGGCCUUCUCUUGCCUCAAUACAGCAAUGCUCCUCAACUCGUCUACAUCGCCAGAGGUAGGGGUAUCACCGGGGUUCUACUUCCCGGCUGUCCUGAAACAUUUGAAGAAUCUCAACGACAAUCUCAACAAGGACAGAGUCGCGAGUUCCAACAAGACCGGCACCAGAAGAUUCGACACUUCCGAGAGGGCGACAUAAUCGCAUUCCCGGCAGGAGUAGCCCAUUGGAGCUAUAACGACGGCAGUAACCCAGUAGUUGCAAUCUCUCUCCUUGACACCAACAACAAUGCCAAUCAGCUUGACCAGAACCCCAGAAAUUUCUACCUCGCUGGGAACCCCGACGACGAAUUUCGGCCACAAGGUCAGCAGGAAUACGAGCAGCACCGCCGCCAGCAACAACGUCAACAACGCCCUGGCGAGCACGGCCAGCAACAGAGGGACUUAGGCAACAAUGUGUUCAGUGGCUUCGAUGCUGAUUUUUUGGCGGACGCUUUCAACGUGGAUACUGAAACGGCCAGAAGACUUCAGAGCGAGAAUGAUCACAGGAGGAGCAUAGUGAGAGUGGAAGGCCGUCAGCUUCAAGUGAUCAGGCCACGAUGGUCACGUGAGGAACAGGAGCGCGAGGAGAGGAAAGAGAGAGAGCGAGAGCGAGAGUCGGAAAGAGAGCGCCGCCAGAGCAGACGUGGCGGACGUGAUGAUAAUGGGCUGGAGGAGACUAUCUGCACCUUGAGGUUGAGGGAGAACAUCGGCGACCCUUCACGCGCCGACAUUUACACUGAAGAAGCCGGUCGCAUCAGCACAGUCAACAGCCACACCCUCCCAGUCCUGCGCUGGCUGCAACUCAGCGCCGAGAGGGGAGCUCUCUAUAGUGAUGCUCUGUAUGUUCCACACUGGAACCUGAACGCCCACAGUGUGGUGUAUGCUUUAAGGGGUCGUGCCGAGGUUCAGGUGGUGGACAACUUUGGUCAGACAGUGUUCGACGAUGAGCUUAGAGAGGGUCAGCUCCUAACCAUUCCACAGAACUUUGCGGUUGUGAAAAGGGCUCGCAAUGAGGGCUUCGAGUGGGUUUCAUUCAAGACAAAUGAGAAUGCCAUGGUUAGUCCGCUUGCUGGCCCAACCUCGGCUAUCAGGGCAUUGCCGGAGGAAGUUCUUGCCAAUGCGUUCCAAAUUCCGAGAGAGGAUGCUAGGAGGCUUAAAUUUAACAGGCAGGAGUCCACCUUGGUUCGCUCAAGGCCGUCAAGUUCAAGGUCGUCAAGGUCUGAGAGGAGGGCUGAAGUUUAAUGUUGUGAACUGCGCGCAAUGUAGAGCGCCAUACAUGCGGCUCGCUCGAUCGAUCGUUGUUUGCUUUUUAUAUAUGUUAAUGCUCGAUCCGCUCUUGAUCAUCUAGACAAUAAAAAAGCUAGCCUUUUACUGGCAUUUCUCUUUA